AUGGGCUGGCGGCUGCUGCACGAGGCCAGGAAGGUCAGUCGCCGGCUGAGCCUGGUGCUGAGCCUGGCCGGCUUGGUAAUCAUCGGCCUCAUCUGUCUGGGCCAGCCCUGGAUCCACUUCCGGGUGCCACUGGCGCCCGCUGGGGACGCUGCUGGCUCCCAGACCAUCCCCAUCAAUACCAUCUUCUUUGUGCGGUGCUCUGACAUCUCCUGCCUGCAUGAGUACGACCAGAAUGCUUACUUGCUGGACUUCGCCUGGGCCUUCCUGCUCUUCGCCAGCAUUGCCAGCUUCAUCCUCUGCAUCAUUCUCAUAAACAUCAUCUUCUUCACCAGUUCCAACAUGCCCAUGCUGGACUUCUCCAAUGUCAUCGUCAGCCUCCUCACAGGAACCAGCAUGAUAUUGGGUAUCCUCUUCUACCUGAUGCAGGCCCACGAGUACCUACAAGAAGGCAUGACCUACAAGCUGGGGUGCAGCUUCUACCUGGCAUGGAUCGGCGUCUUCCUCUUCCUAAUGACUGGUUUCUUUUCCUAUCUGAACUACAUGAAUUUCUGGUCCCUCCUGGCGAUCCAGGCCAUCUGGACUUAA